CGAUUCUUAAAAUUAUAACCUCCCCAAAGUCUGAAAUCUUACAGCUACCUCCUGGAUUCGGGGAGCCUGCCAAUCUUAUUCAUCUUUCUUGCAGGUCAUUGGCCGUCGUCAACUUGAUUUCCAUCGUUGACUGCCAUGCUUCUCUCUCAAACCAGAGGGCGUCUGCCCUCGGCUCUCCGGAGCUUCUCUCGCCGUUCCCUCUCAACUACUCUCCCCAGAUACAAAGAUAGCGAAGAGACCGCUUUGAAUAAGGUCUCCCGCAAUGUCACACAGCCCAUCUCGCAGGGUGCAUCCCAGGCUAUGCUGUACGCUACGGGCCUUACAGAGGAGGAUAUGAACAAGGCGCAGGUCGGUAUUUCGUCUGUCUGGUACAACGGCAACCCCUGCAACAUGCACCUGCUCGAUCUGAGCAACCGGGUGCGCGAAGGUGUGCAGAAGGCCGGUCUGGUCGGCUUCCAGUUCAACACCGUUGGUGUCAGCGACGCCAUCAGUAUGGGUACCAAGGGAAUGCGGUUCUCCCUGCAGAGCCGUGAUCUGAUUGCCGAUUCCAUCGAAACCGUCAUGGGUGGCCAGUGGUACGACGCCAACAUCAGUAUCCCCGGUUGCGACAAGAACAUGCCCGGUGUGUUGAUGGCCAUGGGCCGUGUCAACCGUCCCAGUCUGAUGGUGUACGGUGGUACCAUCAAGCCCGGCUGCGCCAAGACUCAGAACAACGCCGACAUUGAUAUUGUCUCGGCCUUCCAGGCAUACGGACAGUUCCUGACCGGCGAGAUCACCGAGAACCAGCGCUUCGACAUCAUCCGCAACGCCUGCCCCGGUGGUGGUGCCUGUGGCGGUAUGUACACGGCCAACACCAUGGCGACCGCCAUCGAGGUCAUGGGUAUGACGCUGCCUGGCUCCUCGUCGAACCCGGCCGAGUCCAAGGCCAAGGACCUCGAGUGCUUGGCUGCCGGUGAGGCCAUCAAGCGGCUGCUCAAGGAGGACAUUCGGCCGUCGGACAUCCUGACCCGCCAGGCCUUCGAGAACGCCAUGAUCGUCGUCAACAUCACCGGUGGCUCGACCAAUGCCGUCCUCCACCUGAUUGCCAUCGCCGACUCGGUUGGCAUCAAGCUCGAUAUCGAGGACUUCCAGAAGGUCUCGGACCGCACCCCAUUCCUCGCCGACCUUAAGCCAUCAGGCAAGUACGUCAUGGCCGACCUGCACAACAUCGGUGGCACCCCCUCCCUGCUGAAGUUCCUGCUCAAGGAAGGUGUCAUCGACGGCUCCGGCAUGACCGUCACGGGUGAGACCCUUGCCAAGAACCUCGAGAAGGUCCCCGACUUCCCCGCCGAUCAGAAGAUCAUCCGGCCUCUGUCCAACCCAAUCAAGAAGACCGGCCACAUCCAGAUCCUGCGCGGCUCCCUGGCCCCGGCGGCUCCGUCGGCAAGAUCACCGGCAAAGAAGGCACCCGAGAUGCUCAAGCCCUCCUCCGCCCUCAUGGGCGCCGGCCUCGGCUCCUCCUGCGCUCUCAUCACCGACGGCCGCUUCUCCGGUGGCUCUCACGGCUUCCUGAUCGGUCACAUCGUGCCCGAGGCCGCGGUGGGUGGACCCAUCGGUCUCGUCAAGGAUGGCGACACCAUCACCAUCGACUCUGAGAAGCGUCUGCUCGACCUCGACGUUGACGAGACCGAGCUUGCUCGCCGUAGACAGGAGUGGGAGGCUCUCCGGGAUGCCGGCAAGCUGCCUCAGACUGGUCUUACGAUGAGGGGAACCCUGGGUAAAUACGCUAGAACCGUCAAGGAUGCCAGCCACGGCUGCAUUACUGACUCUGUAGAAUAAAACGUCCAAAGAGAGGAAUGUUGGUUGGAUAUUGUUUGUGGUUGGGAUUUGCAAAACACCCUGUUCCUUUGAAAGAUGUACCCAAAGAACAGAAAAAGUGAUUGUUUUACAUGUGUGACUAAGGCGCGUUAAUUACAGAUACCUUUUUUUUUCUUUUUCUCGGCUAGACUGAUUAUGAGAGCAGCUUGGCUGGUACUCGUUGACCUAUCCUGGCAGCUUGGUUGUAGUGAUACGCCA